CCUUUAAAUGACGCCUCGUCUAUAUGAGAAUGGCGGAGAACAGCGUUUGGCAGGCUUACACUUUACCGCUGAUCUCUAAGGGGACAGGACACAACACACAGCUACUCACGGCGAAUGGAGGACGCUGAGGAGAGCGGUCAGGUUCAUGGAGCUUCUUCUUAGACUUAGAGGGCAUUAGUCUGUACUCUCUGAACGGCAUUUUACUCAGACUACAAACGCAUCUGCUCCGUUUGGCUGGUAACGGUAGAAUUUUUGGCGUGUCGGCGGAGCGCCGUGUGAGCCAUGGUGACACUGCCGAGAACAUUUAGCGUGACGUUCCCGUAAGACUUAAACAUACUAGUUCGCAGAUAUUAGCGAGUUUCUGUCUGUCAUGAAGGAUACCGGAGAAUCCAAGGACCACCAGCUUACAGUGGCCUUGCGAAUCCGGCCUCUGAGCGAUGUAGAACUGGAGGAAGCGGCCACAAUAGUGGCCCACAGAGUGGACGACCAGAUGGUGGUGCUGAUGGACCCUCUGGAGGAUCCGGACGACAUCCUACGAGCCCAUCGUUCCAGGGAGAAGACGUACAUGUUUGAUGUGGCUUUUGACUACACAGCCACACAAGAGGAAGUGUACAGAGCCACAACUAAAGGCCUGAUUGAGGGCCUCAUAUCAGGAUACAAUGCAACUGUUUUUGCCUACGGACCCACAGGUUGUGGGAAGACUUACACUAUGCUGGGGACAGACAAGGAGCCUGGCAUCUAUGUACGCACUCUUAAUGACCUGUUCAAAGCUAUUGAAGAGACCAGUGAUGACAUGCAGUACAGUGUGUCCAUGUCUUACCUGGAGAUCUAUAAUGAGAUGAUCCGAGACUUGCUGAAUCCAUCCUCCGGCUUUCUCGACCUGAGAGAGGACUCCAAGGGGGAGAUCCAGGUAGCAGGGAUCACAGAGGUGUCCACAGUCAACGCCCGAGAGAUCAUGGAGUUGUUGAUGAAGGGCAAUAAACAGCGGACUCAGGAGCCCACCGCAGCCAAUCAGACGUCCUCGCGGUCUCACGCUGUGCUGCAGGUAGCUGUGAAGCAGCAGAGCCGCUGCAGAGACGUUCUGCAGGAGGUGCGCUUCGCUCGCCUCUUCAUGAUUGACCUUGCUGGUUCCGAGCGAGCUGCACAGACACAGAACAGGGGACAGAGGCUGAAGGAAGGAGCUCAUAUAAACCGCUCACUUCUGGCACUGGGAAACUGCAUCAACGCUCUAAGCGAAAAGAACGGCAACAAAUAUGUCAACUAUAGAGACAGCAAGCUCACACGCCUACUUAAGGACUCUUUGGGUGGGAAUAGUCGGACUGUAAUGAUAGCUCAUAUAAGCCCUGCCUCACUGGCCUUUGAAGAGUCUCGGAACACUCUGACUUAUGCUGACCGUGCCAAAAGUAUUCGCACAAGGGUGAAGAGAAAUCUGCUGAAUGUGUCCUACCACAUUGCUCAGUACACCAGCAUCAUCUCUGACCUGCGCAGUGAGAUCCAGAGACUGAAGAAGAAAAUUGCUGAGCAGGCCAGCCGGCAGAACAACCCUGACAGGACAGAUAUACGGCAUGUGCAGGCGGAGGUGCAGGCUCACUCCACUCAGCAGAGCCGAGCAGAGAUGGACCAACUGAGAGAGCAGCUGAUCGAAGCCUUCAGACAGCAGAUGGAAAUCAGAAAACGUCUGAUGGAGCUGGACAACACCAACAUGGAGAUCCAGAUAGAUACAUCCAAGCACCUUCUUACCAUUGCAGAUUGGGAGCAGGAACGUAGCAGGCACCGCAAGAAGUGGCAAGGUGAAAGACGGAAGGAGAGCUUUAAUAAGGACGAGAGUGAGAAAGACUCAGAUACUCCAGAGUCUCCUCCGGACACCACAGAGACUCAGGAGGUGGCCAUGGCCAGAGAGAACCUGGUCACACUAAUGACUGAACAGAAGAAAAUCAGCAAACAAAGGGCUGGUCUGGAACGGCGGCUGGCGGAGUUGCGUGAGAGGGCCCGCAGGCUGGAGGAGCUGCUCCCACGCCGCGUGAGCUCAGAAGAGCAGCGGGAAGUGCUGGGGCUGCUGUGUAAAGUGCACGAGCUGGAGAUCGAGAAUGCAGAGAUGCAGUCUCACGCCCUGCUCAAAGACAACGUUAUCCGGCAGAAAAACGUAGUGGUGCAGCGAUUUGAGCAGCACAGGCAGCUGUGCCACGAGAUCAUCCAGCAGCAGCGGCAGUUCAUUGAUGAUCACAGUCUUCUGGUGCCCCCGCAUCUUCAGGAGCUGUAUGAGAUGUACAUUAGGGAGCUGGACGAGCGGAACCUGGACAGAGUUGUGGCUUUAGACAAGGUCACCAUCCACACUCUAAAGGAGGGCUCCCUUCCUAAGAUUGCCCUCCCUAGCAGAGGACGUGACCCCUUGCAGGAACUGGACUCAGACCAGGAGAGUGUUCGAACGCUGGGCUCUGAAACCAGACAAGGAAGAGUCAAAGUGCGGAGGCACACUUUGCCACCCAUUCUCCCAGAGCCUGAUAGUGACAGUAACCGGGUGUUUAAAAGCAGUCCACAUGCAAAGCAGAUGAAGAACUCUGUGGUGAUGACUCCACCGCCCAUUCACAUCAAUGGACAGGGCAACCGAGAGUUGCUGCCGAGUGCUCUAGAGGGUGCACUGAGCUACAGCCUCCUGAGCCACAGUGUGAGCAGUCACCUGGACUCCUCACCAGAAAGCAGUGAGAAUGGAACUGAAGUUUCUCUCACACCUAAAGAGAGGCAGCAGAUCCUAAAAGGUGUGCACAGCAUCGCAGUAAAAGCGGCCCGCCGCCGCUCAAAAGCGCUGGAGGUAGAUGCCCUGCGCCUUCCUCCUCCACCUUCCCCUCUGGACCCUAUAAAACACAAGAGCAGUUUGUCUCUGAGCGAAGCGCCUCCUAAAGGCCUGGUGCUACGUCGCGGCCGUCAGCCCAGCCCAGAGCUCCGUCAUGCCACCUCUGACGACAACCUGUCCAGCAGCACUGGCGAAGGCCCUGCCCCCAAUGGCACCUGGACACGCCCACGCAACCGCCAGGCCAUGCCCAAGAACAAUGCACCACGGGAGCAGGACUUUGAGGCUCGCAGACGCAAGAGAAGGUCUCGGUCCUUCGAGGUCACUGGACAAGCUCUAAACCAAGGGAAGAGCACCAGCCAGCGUUUCCGGCCUCUUGAUAGCACUUCUGACCCCCACCUGCACAUUAAUGGUCAACCCCCUGCACCUCUCCUUAGGCCCCAGCACAGAGGUCCAGCUCAGCUGGGCAAAGCUCGACCCUCCCACUUCAACCACCAAACAGGAUCAACAGCAGAUGCUUCCUCAGUCAACCUCCCCCCCCACGUCAACAACCUCAAGCGUGGCCCCCAAAGCAGGCAGCCACAGCCCCUCCUUUAUGUUACCACCACAGGGGCUGGGGGCCAGCGCACUCGCAAACACUGAGGGACCCCUGCCCUGACCUGUCUCUUACCAAUCAGCAGCAGCACUGCACUGAGGUAAAGACUGAACAUGCCCCAACACCAGCACUAACAGACUCCCAGCCUGGAAAACUGGACCGUUUCUCGUUCUUCCAGUGGCUGAACUGUAUGUAAAUGUAUCAAAUCCACUGAAAGCCAGCAGAGAAACCUUACUGUUGCCUUGUGUUGGGUACACAUGGACUGGGUCAAGUGGGAACCCCUGCAUAUCCAGAUGGGACUCUUCAUGGCCAGUUCUGUCAGUCACCUGCAUUCUUGUCUGUAUUUAUGUUGACGUCCUUGAAGCUUGUCUCCGGCACACAGCGCACAAGCGCUGACUUUCUUUUUUAAUCAUUUGUAAAUCAAACAACUUAUGUAUUAAUGUGCAUUGACUGUCAAGGAUUCAGAGGCUUUAAUCUGCUAAAUUGCUGAACUAUGAAAACAUCUCAGCCCAAGAUUAAAUACAAAAAAAACAAACUCUUUUAAGCCUAAUGAUUACGACAGAGGGUAAAUCCUGCCUCUAAUGCCUUUGGUUUAAACUGUGUGAUCAGGCCUUAUGGUGUAUGUAUGUAUUAUGUGAUUCUGGGAAGUCAUAAAAAAGCACCUUGAAAAUUUCCUUCAGUGUAUUAAAAGCAAAAUGUUGACCUUUGCUUUUAUGACCCCAGGCACAGACAUUAGUCUGUUUUUUUUUUUUUUCCAUAAGGGAACAGUAUAUCUCAUAACUCUUGUGUUUGCAUAAACAUAUUCUGACAAUUUUCUCUUUGCCUCACACGCAGGCACAUAUGUGAUUCUGGGUUUUCUGUAAUAGCCUCACAUUCAUAAAAGAAGUUUCUGAGCACCAGUUCUUUCCAUUUGCAUGACACCGUUACUUUAAACGACUAAUAGGAUUCCCUUCCACAGUCAUCUGCCAUAGGUUGCUACAUCAACUGAAUUUCCUUGGUGUAUGAUGUGUAUGUCAGUAGAACCAAGACCAAUACAACAUUGUAUUCAUCACAUUCCUGAGCCUCAGAGGAUGUUUUUAAUCAUCACCUUGCUUCUCUUUGAUGUUCUCAAAGUUUGUGUAUUUUUUCAUAUACAUACAUUAUACU